CGACCCCGAGUUCAACGCAGGCCGAGGCUCUGUGCUGACUGCCGACGGAGAUGUGGAGAUGGAUGCCAGCAUCAUGGAUGGCAGAGACCUGGCCACAGGGGCCGUGUCCGCUGUGCGCUGCAUCUCAAACCCCGUCAAGCUGGCACGGCUGGUCAUGGACAAGACCCCACACUGCUUUCUGACUGACCGAGGUGCAGCAAAAUUUGCAGCAGACAUGGGGGUCCCGGAGAUUCCUGGGGAGCAGCUGGUGACAGAGAGGAGCAGGAAGCACCUGGAGAAGGAGAGGCGGGAGAAAGGGGCCCCAAAUGCCACCUGCCCCCAAAACUUGGGAACCGUGGGUGCUGUGGCCUUGGACUGCAGAGGAAACAUGGCUUACGCGACCUCUACAGGUGGCAUCGUUAACAAGAUGUGUGGCCGCGUGGGGGACUCGCCCUGCGUAGGCUCCGGAGGCUAUGCCGACAACAGCAUCGGAGCCGUGUCCACCACGGGACACGGAGAGAGCAUCCUGAAGGUGAACCUGGCCCGGCUCGCUCUCUUCCACCUGGAGCAAGGAAAGACGGUAGAAGAGGCUGCAGAGGUGGCGCUGGGCUACAUGAAGUCGAAGCUCAAAGCCUUGGGGGGCCUCAUCCUGGUCAGCAGGGCAGGGGACUGGGCAGCCAAGUGGACUUCAACCUCCAUGCCCUGGGCAGCUGUGAAGGGCGGCAAGGUGCAUGCCGGCAUCGACCCUGGUGACAGCACCAUCACGGACCUGUCCUGAGCCGCAGACGGCGCCACAGGGCCAGCGUAGCUUAGCCAAUUAGAUGUGGAAAGGAAAA